CCUGUCUUUCGUGGGCUCUCUGAACCACACCAUGACCCAGGCCCUCAAGUUCUUCUCCAAAGUGUUGCAUCGCGUACGCUGUGGCCCUGAGCGGGGCGCCUCACUCGGCUACAAAAACUGCGACUCGGCACCCCGGAGCUUGGCAGACAUCCCAGGCCCCUCCAAGCCCAGCUUCCUGGCAGAACUUUUCUGCAAAGGGGGGCUAUCGAGGCUACACGAGCUGCAGGUGCAGGAUGCCGCGCGCUUCGGGCCGGUUUGGAUGGCCAGCUUUGGGACGGUGCGCACGGUGUACGUGGCGGCUCCUGUCCUCAUCGAGCAGCUGUUGCGACAGGAGGGGCCUCGACCAGAGCGCUGCAGCUUCUCGCCCUGGGUAGAGCACCGUCGCCGCCGCCAGCGAGCUUGCGGACUGCUCACCGCAGAAGGCGAAGAAUGGCAGAGGCUCCGCAGUCUUCUGGCCCCUCUUCUCCUCCGGCCUCAAGCGGCAGCCAGCUAUGCUGGGACCCUAGACAACGUGGUCGGUGAUCUCGUGCGACUACUAAGGCGCCAGCGGGGACGUGGCACCGGGUCGCCUGCUCUGAUUCGGGACGUAGCGGGAGAGUUUUACAAGUUUGGAUUAGAGGGCAUAGCCGCGGUGCUGCUAGGUUCGCGCCUAGGCUGCCUGGAGGCAGAAGUGCCGCCGGAGACAGAGACCUUCAUCCGCGCCGUGAGCUCGGUGUUUGUGUCCACCCUCUUGACCAUGGCGAUGCCCAACUGGCUACACCGUCUUGUGCCCGGGCCCUGGGGCCGCCUCUACCGAGACUGGGACCAGAUGUUUGCAUUUGCCCAGCAGCACGUGGAGCGGAGAGAGGCCGAGGUGGCCCGGAGGAACCGAGGAAAGCUUGAGGAGGACAUGGGACCUGGGGCGCACCUGACUUACUUCCUAUUCCGGGAAGAGUUGCCUGCCCAGUCCAUCCUGGGGAAUGUGACAGAGUUGCUACUGGCUGGAGUGGACACGGUGUCCAACACACUCUCCUGGGCUCUGUACGAGCUCUCCCGGCACCCUGAAGUCCAGACGGCACUCCACUCAGAGAUCACAGCUGCCCUGGGCCCUGGCUCCAGUGUCUGUUCACUAGCCACAACUCUAUCCCAGCUGCCCCUGCUGAAGGCUGUGGUCAAGGAGGUGCUAAGACUGUACCCUGUGGUACCUGGAAAUUCCCGUGUCCCAGACAAAGACAUUCAUGUGGGUGACUAUAUUAUCCCCAAAAAUACGCUGGUCACUCUGUGUCACUAUGCCACUUCAAGAGACCCUUCCCAGUUCCCAGAGCCAAAUUGUUUCCGUCCCACUCGCUGGCUAGGGGAAGAUCCAGCCCCCCACCCAUUUGCAUCUCUUCCCUUUGGCUUUGGCAAGCGCAGCUGUAUGGGGAGACGCCUGGCAGAGCUUGAACUGCAAAUGGCUUUGGCCCAGAUCUUGACUCAUUUUGAGGUACAGCCUGAGCCAGGUGCUGCCCCAAUCAGACCCAUGACACGGACUGUCCUGGUACCUGAGAGGAGCAUCAACUUACAGUUUGUGGACAGAUAGUCCUGUGGGAGGAGGCUGUUAUCUUCAUCCU